GCUUCCCCCCCACCGCCCCCGCCGGCUGGGCAUGUGACUCUCCUUGCAGGGAAUCAUUCCUAGAGAGGUUUCCCGGCUCAACCAUUCCACCGGAGAAGGACGGCGUCUCUCGCUACGGCUGAACAGCCACCUGGCUACUUGAGUCAAGGUUAGGGAGAGCUCCGGGCCAUGGCACACGAGCAGCGAGGCAGCCCCGCGGCUGGCCUUGAGCUGGAGACGGUUCAGCGCCUUUUGGCCGCCUGUCAAAAAGCCAAGAGCUUCGCCUACUGCCCCUACAGCAAAUACCCCGUGGGCGCAGCCCUCCUGACCUCCGAGGGGAAGAUCUUCACAGGUUGCAAUGUUGAAAAUGCAUCUUAUCCACUGGGCGCCUGUGCCGAGCAAACGGCCAUCCAGAAGGCCGUGUCCGAAGGUCACACGAAAUUUCGAGCCAUGGCCAUCAGUUGCAACAGCCAAGAGACUUACUCCUUUCCCUGUGGAGGGUGCAGACAAGUCCUCCGAGAGUUUGGUCAAGAGUGGGAGAUCUAUUUGACCAGGAUGGACGGAACGUACAUCCAGAAGACCCUGGAGGAGCUCCUGCCUUUGUCCUUUGGCCCGGCACACCUGAAGUGCUAGAGGGGAAGGGGGGCUCCGGGGCGGCUUCCCUCCUCCCCCAGGCCUCCCGCGGCCCCCGGAGUUCAGGAACGUCUUGGCAGCCUUGGCCUUCCCACCUGUUGAGUCCACGGAUGUCAUAAGGGAGGCGAUGACAACAUUCGGAUAUCGGCAUUCCCGGCGGGUGCUGCGUCAUCGGGAUCGUUGGCAUCAGUUCAAGGGUCUCCAGAACUUUUGACCGUGUCCUGCCCAGCUGCCUCAGAGGGUGCGGGGGUGUGUGAAUCUGG